CAACGCGUCGUGGCCACAAGCGCAACUUUUUACGCACCGGCAACAACAGAAACAGGAACCGAAGGCGAAGGAGCGACUUUAUAAGAGGAGGAGCAGGACGUCUGUGUUUUCAUCCCCGCGUCCAGUUCGUCUGAUCCGGUCACUCAAAGCUCUGACAGAAUGAUGCUGCAACACCCGGGUCCCUCGCUGGCCGACAUCAGCUGCUCCGCCCUGGUGCCCUGCCUGUCCCCGCCGGGCACGCUCACCCUGGACGACUUCACCAACUUCACGCCCAUCGUGAAGGAGGAGCUGCGGCUCGCCAUCCAGACCAAGCGGCUGUCCAGCGGGCUCAGCAUCGACGUGAGCUCCGACGGGGCCAGCUCCUGCUCGGACCGGGCCUACGAGCGAGCCCCCGGCCGAUCGGGAUACAAGAGAGAGUCGACACCUGAGGAGCACGAGAGGAGGAAGAGGAGGAGGGAGAGGAACAAAGUGGCUGCUGCAAAGUGUCGCAACAAGAAGAAGGAGAAGACGGAGGAUUUGCAGAAGGAGUCCGAGAAGCUGGAGAGCGUCAACGCCGACCUGAAGGCCCAGAUCGAGGAGCUGAAGCAGCAGAAGCAGCAGCUCGUCUACAUGCUCAACCUGCACCGGCCCACUUGCAUCGUCCGAGCGCAGAACGGCCAGACGCCCGAGGACGAGAGGAACCUCUUCAUCCAGCACAUCAAGGAGAGCACCUUACAACUCCACAACCUCACCUGCACCACCACCACCUCCACCAGCCCCUGCUCCUCGUCCACCUCCACACUAGCGACUCUGGACGGAGGACUUCUGAGCCUCGAUCACAUUCACUGUUCCAGUCUCCUGUGAGCGUUCGCAAAACUUUUAUCUCGGACAUUGCGAUGCCUCCGCCCCUGAUGUAGCGCAGCGACGCAGGUGGAGCCGCCGACAUUGACUCAUGACUCGAGAGAAUGAAACGUACAUGACAGACGCCCGGCUCGGCAUCCACGCGGCUGUUACAAGAGAGUGGCGCCUCCCACUUCCUGAAACCGUAGCUGCUGUUUGGACAGGACUUAACAUACAAUGGACUGCACCUUGACAUUGCAUCAGCCAACUUUGUAUUUUUAUUUUACAGGUAUUCUGAAUAGACACAAGUCUAAUUUAGUGUCUUGAGUUUUGUACCAAAGCGAUUUCAAGGUGAUCAAGGCACAUGAUAAUCUAAAUGACAUGCAAGUGUGUAAAGACACUUUUUGUUUGGCGUUAAAAGAUUGUGUGAGUGUAUGAAAAACAGUAUAUUUAUUGCGUAACUGCUGUCGUAGCUGUAUUAACCCUGUCUGCUUGUCCUAGUUUAGUUUAUACGACAUGAACUAUACUAAAUCUGCUGCUGAUAACCACUCAGGAUGUAUAUAUACGCUGGCUGCCGAAGUCAAUGUCACACUGUAAGUUUAAUAUAUUGGCUCGUUUAACAGCGGACAUCUCAAACUAAGAGUCUGAGUAAAAGUUAGGUUAUUGUCUGUCAACCGCGGCGGCAGUUAGCAGUCACUAAAGGGAAACGUAAUUCGCAGGCAGGGUUUAUAAUUCUGCAUUUAAAAAAAAACAUUGUAUGAAUGCCUAUAUACUCCUAUACGCAGAUGAUACUUUACUUUUCUUACACAUUUGAAAUUUGCUGUUUAGGGAAACAAAUUUUGGAUUGUAUACACUUUAGUUAUCACUGCGUUCCCUCUUAAACUAGUGUUGUUCUUACAUCCUCUGUGACGAUGAAGCUCCGUGAGUGUUAUUUUUUCUACCAGAAUAGAAAAAAAUCCUGUACAUAUCGCGUUGACUGCGCAUUGACGUUAUGCUUCUGUAUAUAAACACCAGAUGCCUCCUUUUGGUUUGGACAUAGCAAAGAAAAAAAGGGUUGUUAUUUUAUAUAAAAAAAUGUAUUUAUUAAAAACAGUUAGUUUGGAACUUGGAAGUCUUGUUCACUAGAUAUCAAUAGCUAGGUAUCAGAAGUGUUGCGUCACCACCACCACCGUCUUUUCACACACACUUGACUCUGAAGUUACACAAGACGAUAUGCUGUGUGUUUAAGGACGCUAUCAAUCCACUAGCCAAAUAUUUCUCCCUCGGGGGGAAAAUGUGGUUAAUUGCGCAAACAGAAAGCGAGUCAAGAGAGUUCAGAGGCUUUGUUCUUUCGGCACAACGUGUUCAAAAAUGGACGUGCAUGCGAGCAAAACACUCGGUUCGUCCUCCGUCACCACUCAUCGCCUUACGGCUGUGUACCGCCUCAGAAACUCUGCAACUCUGAUCAGUAUUUGAAUGAUUGUCAGCAAGUCACAACACCUCACCAGGCAGACUGAACGCCAUUAUUGCAUACGAGCAUUUAUGAAUCACUUCAAACGGUUCAUACACAAGAAGGUCGAUAUAGUACGAGGUUUACACAAACAGCACAUUGUAAGGUUCAUGGUGGCGCCCAGGGACGUCGGACUUCGGAGAAGGUUCAUAUUGUUUGUGUGUUCGAGAGUCGCACGGCUAUAAAGGGACGCAGGCGUCUGCGUGUGUUCAUUAGGUUGUAUGUUUUUUUUGAUGUGGUUUUAAAGUUGUUUGUCGUCAUGGCUACUGAGCACUACAGAGUUCGACUUGUGUACGUCCUCUGUUGCGCCGACGUCUUCUGCUACAGAGGGCGGUUGGUUUUCUGUCGCUGCUGCUCGACGGUUGCAGCAUCAUAGUCUCAACCAAUAAACCGCAGGCUGUCAGGUAUAACCGCACCGCUACCACCGAACGUGUACUUCUAUCUUUGAGAUGUCUGUCAAUUUUUUUGUUUUGAUACUUUGUUGAUUAAAACUGUGUAUUGAAAUGACACCUCUCACUGUCGCGCUUUGCUUUUAAAGGACCCUGAUUACUUUUAUAUAUUCAAAAAGUAGCCAAUGCACGUAUAUUAUAGUGGUGUGUUGUUGUUGAACUAAAUGUCAACAGUAUAGUUUUUAUUGUUUAUUUAUGAAAUUUCACAUUGAUCGCAAUACACAAUAUACUUUAUUUACAUCAGGAACCAUAUUUGUGAAGCUUAUGAUUGAUAAAUUAUAAUCAGGAAAUGAGAUCUUGAUUAAUCUCUGUGUUCGUCUCUGACGUUCGUGUUGUCUUGUCAUUUCAUUAUACUGAAAUAUGUUUCUAAUGUAAGACGCCUCUUCACCCACGUCACAUAUUCAUCAUUUAAAAAAAAAAAUUACAAAAUAAAACCAAAUAAUUAAA